AUGCGGGCGCGCCUUGAAGGAGACUACCUCGCUCUCCCUCCACCCGAACGAGGCGAGCAAACUGAGACCUUGUCGCCCGAGAACCUAGAUGGGGAGCAUUUGAAUGCCCUUACCACAGCGCUAGACCAUCUCCUCCGCACAGAAUUAGCCGAGUUCACAUACGCCCAGAUCAUUGAUGGGUAUCCCACAACGGAUUCUUUCCACCAAUUUGAUUGGCGCCCGGACCUUCCUGACCACCCCGUAAAGCUGCAUACAAGUCUAUGCGAUGGUGUUCUUGAGCAGGCUCGAGCCUUCGGAGCGGCGUUCGAUCCGUUAUCCCUCAGAUUCAAGCCAUGUACACUGCAGGCUUUCCAAGAUCAGGCUCUGGGUAGCCAGCCCUUUCAUUUACGGCUAUUUGAGUUGCUCGCCGUCUCAUGCCACCAGAUUGCUGUAUUCUUGUUCGAAAAUGGACACAGCCGUCACAAACAAGAGUACGAUAAGUGGAGAGCGGAGCAGGAAAGCUUGAAAGAAGCCGGGGAUGAGAGGUAUCGUUGGCGGCAUGUUCCCCCUCCAGUAGUAUUCUAUCACCCGGAACACGUUGAUUACGAGCAAUACCCUCGCCGCUUUUCUGAUGUGGUGGGUUACUGGGCGGAAGCAAAGAUUUUUGGGGGCGUCUUGCUAUUUGAUCGUGGAGAGUCUGACACCGAUUGUAAGCAAGUUUUCCUGCACUCAGCAUUGCUAUCCGGACCGACUACCAUCUUCCCACCUACGGUUGACCAGCUCGAAAAGCUCGUCUCCUUUCUGGGGCUGGAGUCCGAAGACUCGGAUGCUGCCUCCACAGCCUGCCCCUUGCCAAUACUAGCCUCUAAAUUCAACCGACCGCGAUGGUACCGCUAUCACGCUACCAAGUAUUUUCACAUCUUUCGAGACAAGUACGACAGUCGAUUGCCGCUCCGAUUUCCGUGGCCGGACAAGCUCGUGGGGAAAGAUUUUCCAGAGUUGGAUGAUCAGCUAUGGCUAAUGAAUCACGAGGAUCAAGUGGCCAAUGAUCAUGUGCCUCUAGAUGAAGCUGCAGUUACAGCUGCGAAGCAGAGUUUAAAGAAUAUCACUCCCUCUUCUCCACUAUGGGGUUACGAUGGAAGAUAUUUAUAG